UCACCUGCCGCAGCUGCAACAGCUUAACAAUUUCACUAUAGGGAAUCCAUACAAGUAACUUAUUAAGACUGAAGUGUAUAAAUACAAACAUAGUUUAGUGAAAUACAAUAUAAAAUAAACAUUAUUUAACGCAAAAACUGUGAUAGCUACAAUUUAAUGCAAGUGCAGCGUUAAAUAUUCAACAUUUUUGUUACGAGCCUUGAUAUGCCGCCGCCAUUGCAAAAACAGAAACGAUGAACGCUACUGCACUAACUAAUUGCCAAUUUGCUUUCCUAUAGACCACAGCAGAUAUGUUUUGAAACAAUUGGUGUGAAUUUGUUAAACAAAAACUUGGCGUUAGCMUUGCAUAGAUUGCCGUUAUUUCAUAAAAGUGAACGGAUCAGUUACUUUAGCCACAAACGCAAGCGUAACCAACUGAAUCAAUUGAACAUGAAGAACGAAGGCGCCACCGAAGAUGCCCAAUUCCAAAUCUAUUGUCAUGGACCGCUGCUGCACACCGUACAAAUGGCACAUCUUUACCAGGACUCUAAAACGUUUGUGGACAUGAAGCUGAAAAAUCUACCGGAAAAAACUAUGGAGGAGUUCAACGCGUUCAUGCUUAAGUACAACAACACACCAACCGAGGCGGAGAUACGGGAUUUCGUUGAUACACAUUUCGAGGAGCGGGGUAAAGAAUUUGAAUCUUGGAUACCGAAUGACUGGAAGGAAAAUCCUGAAUUCUUGAACGCCAUCAACGAUCCAGAUCUCAAACAAUGGGGCUCCGAUUUGAAUGGUAUUUGGAAGGAGUUGGGCCGCAAAAUGAUCGAAGAUGUGCACAAGAAUCCAGAAUACUAUUCGAUAAUACCUGUUGAUAAUCCAGUUAUAGUACCAGGUGGUCGUUUCAUUGAAUUUUACUAUUGGGAUUCUUUUUGGAUUAUACGCGGCCUAUUGUAUUCGGAGAUGUACGAAACCGCACGUGGCAUGAUCGAAAACUUGUUAUCCAUUGUACAGCGAUUCGGCUACAUACCGAACGGUGGUCGUGUUUACUACUCGGGACGUUCACAGCCACCAUUCCUAACAGCUAUGGUUAAGGCUUAUGUUGACUUCAAAAAAGAUUACAGUUUUGCUUUGGAAACUUUGGAUACUUUGGAACAUGAAUUUGAAUAUUGGAUGAAUAAUCACACCGUGCAGGCGAAGGGUUACGAUGUUGCUAUCUAUACAGAUGCCUCCACUGGUCCACGACCGGAGUCCUACCGUGAAGAUAUUCUAUCAGCGGAAACUUUCCGCACCGACGAGGAUAAGGAACAACACUAUACCGAAUUGAAAGCCGGCGCUGAGUCCGGUAUGGACUUCAGUUCACGUUGGUUCGUCAAUGAGAAUGGCACAAAUGAUGGUGAUCUGACUAAUUUAAAGACACGCUCAAUUGUGCCCGUCGAUCUUAAUGCGUUACUCUAUAUGAAUGCGAAAAUAAUUGCGGAGUUUCAUGACAAAGCAGGAAACAAAGCCAAAUCCGCAGAAUAUGAAACGAAGGCUGCAAGAAUAUUAGAGGCUAUCCAAGCUGUACACUGGAAUGAAGAAGCUGGUAUUUGGCUGGACUACGAUAUGAUAAAUCAGAAACCACGUAACUACUUUGUAUCCACCAAUUUGACACCACUCUAUGCGGGCGCAUUUAAUAAAUCCGACUCAGAGAGAAUCUCGGCAUCUGUGCUAAAAUAUAUUGACGAUUUAAAAUUGGACAGCUACCCUGGUGGCGUGCCGAAUACGCUCGUGCAUACCGGUGAACAAUGGGACUUCCCUAAUGUUUGGCCACCAAUGCAAUAUAUACUCGUUAGAGGUUUGGAGAACUUGGGCACGCCUGAGGCAAAGAAAUUGUCAGAGCGAUGGGGACAUCGUUGGGUGAAAUCGAAUUUCGAGGCAUACAAACAGACGCAGACGAUGUUUGAAAAGUACGAUGCGUUACACUUUGGUGGCCAUGGCGGCGGCGGAGAGUACGAGGUUCAGAAAGGUUUUGGCUGGAGCAAUGGCGUAAUUAUUGAGUUCCUCACAAAAUAUGGUGGCGACUUGUCCCUAUCGAAUAGUGCGGCAUCAACAGUUUCGAAAAAUACAGUUUUCAGUUUGACUGUUGCGCUCCUGAUUUCCGUGUUUGGCACAAUGCUGGGUAGAUCGUUGUGGUGAGAAUCCAAUUUAAGUCGUCUGAGACACUUUAGAGGCAGAUAAAGACGAGAUUGUAUAUGACCAUCACUUGCUUCGUUACUUACACACAACCACACAGAACAUUGAGUACAAUGUUGUCUUAUGUAUUUUUCCAGUGACUUGUAUUAAUUUAUACUACAUGUAUAUAGAAUCUAAAUUUAUUUUAAGUUUUAUUUCAACUUGCACAUUACACUAAUUACGCUCUUACACAUUUUAUUUUAUUUUAUUUAUAAUUAUAAUUAUAUUGAUCCUUUUUGCUUUGCUUUUAAUAAAAUAAAUUUAUGUAUAUUGUUGGCAAUAGUUCAUUAGCUAGCACACUUGAUGUACCUUUUGCAAGAAGCAAAUAUAGAAAACACAAUUUUA